UAAUUAUUAAUUCAAAAUUUCAUUGUGGAGAUUUCGACAUGAUGGAUCACAGCAAUGAAAAGAACACGUCCCAAGAGCUGUUCUGCUACGGACUGCCACCUAGCAUUUUAGUUGACCACUCAAAAAUUUUGGUCACGUUGAUGGUUCUUAACACCUUUAUCUCCAUAACUGCUACGAUCGGAAACUUGUUGGUUCUCGCGACAAUAUGGCGAAGUCCACAUUUGCACACUCCUUCGAACACAUUGCUAUUCGGCCUGGCUUUGUCUGAUCUGUGUGUUGGAAUAGUAUCUGAGCCACUAAACGCUGGAUUCCAAGCAGUACUUUUCACGAAUUCCAUCAAAAUUACCUCCUGUACACUAGUGAAUGUAAGGACUCUAAUAUCGACAUUUCUAUCAGUAGUCACCCUGUUAACUGUAACAGCAAUGAGCGUUGAUCGCUAUCUAGCGAUAUAUCUGCACCUGCGAUACGAACUAGUGGUCACAGAAGAGAAAACAAGGAAAGUCAUUUUAUGCCUUUGGUUGAUAAGUAGUGUGUUUUUAGUCGUGAUGAUUUUUCAUCCUAUGACUAGUUUUUCGGUUGCGACACUCACAAUACCAGUUUGCCUUGCAAUUAUUUCGUUUGCUUGGAUCAAGAUUUACCAAGUUGUACGACAUCACCAAGCUCAGAUUCAAGAUCAGAUGGCUGUUGCUUCGCAAUCAUUUAACAUGGCGAGAUUCAGAAAAUCUGCCAUAAACACUAAGCUCGUGUUAGUCAUUGUUCUUGUGUGCUAUAUUCCAUUUCUCGUUUCUAAAAUUUGCCUCACUGCCAACUUAAUUCCUUCAAAUGUUCUCUUUAUCGAGAUCACCUAUGUAUUUGUACUCUUGAAUUCUUCGCUAAAUCCAUUCGUGUAUUUUUGGCGUCAGCGUGAUCUUCGUGCUCAAGCUAAACAACUUGUGACGAAUGAAUCUAAGGACUCUAAUAUCGACAAUUCUAACAGUAGCCACAGUGUUAACUGUAACAGCAAUGAGCUACUGUCGUCGGUCGUUGAUAACAUGUAG